AUGACCGAAAAGAAGUUUCCUUUUCACGAUCAUCCUUUAGCAUAUGAGAAAUUGGACAGAUUUUCUUGCAUUUUGUGCAAAAAGAAAGGUGGUUUUGGCUAUUUCUGCGAUAAGUGCUAUUUUUGGGGGCAUAAGGAAUGCAUCAAGCGCUCACUUCUGCAUCCAUCUCCAUGCAAACAUUCUCUCAAAAUCUACACACUCGAGGCAUUGGGCUAUGCAGGUGACCAUUGUCAUUUUUGUAGAGAUUAUCUUCUUGAUGAUUUUUUUCAUUGUUUGAUAUGCAACAUCAACAUGGAUCUCAAAUGUCUUAAAGAUCCACCACCAUCAAGUAUUUAUCACCCAAAAAACCAUAUGCAUAUGCUUACUCUUUUGCCGAGAGUGGUCACAUUUACUUGUAAUGCAUGUAGCGUAGAAGGUAAGCGUAAUCCUUAUGUAUGUCUUGAAUGUAAUUUGAUGUUCCACAAGGAUUGUAUAUAUCUACCACGAGUUAUAAGCAUCAACUGCCAUGAUCAUCGCAUUUCUCGCAUUUUUCAUCUUGGUCUCGGAGAUUGGAAAUGUGGAAUCUGCCGACAAAAGAUUAGUUGCUCCCAUGGAGCUUUUACAUGCUUGCGUUGUCCUAGUCUUGCAUUUCAUUUAAAAUGUGCGAUGAAAGAUGACGUGUGGGAUGGAAAAGAAUUCGAAGCUGAACCCAAAGAAGAGCUUGAAGAUGAACUCGAAGAUGAUUCCGAAAAGGAAAUUGAAGAUGAUAGUUCUGAAGAAGAAAUCGAAGAACCAUAA